AUGAAACGUGGGUUCUUGAACGGGAAUAAGGUCAAGCAGCGCGCCUUGUAUCCUCUUCCGUCGCCCAACGCAAACUCCAAUUCAAACAUCAGCACCAACGCAAAUGCAGACCGCGAUGGUGCUAAUAUCAAUUCACAAAUGCGCUACACCAAAUCUGAGGCUCACAAAACAGACCACUCGCCCGCGUCGAUCGUGUUUACCACCAUCCCCCCCAGACCAGAUCCAGACGGGCAGAGCGAGUGGAUCGCACUGGGGGACGCAAAGAAGCGCGUGUUAGGUGUCCCGGGGUAUCCUCGUGCGCUCCCAAGCAUGGAUGGCGAAAGUGUGGCAUACGAGGUGCGCGAUGCAGGGGCGCACGAGAAAGGGAUGGGCCUAGGCGUGUUCGCGACGCGCGACAUUGACGCAGGCGCGCUCAUCUUUGCCGAGCGGCCGUUGCUCGUGAUUCCCGUCAACAGUGGGCGUCUCGCGACUAGCGAUAGCAAUAUUGAGAACACGCUAGCCAUUGCGGUGGGCCGCAUGCGCGCUGGUUCCCGGGACGCUUUCAUGCAGCUCGCAAACUGCCAUAACGACGAGGGCCCCCUGCUAGGCAUCGUCCGAACGAACGGGUGGAUUGUGCGCGAGCUCAGCGACGAAGGCGAGGGGACAGACAAAGCGUACACGGCCAUAUGCAAGAUCGCAGCACGGAUAAACCACAGCUGCAUGCCCAACAUUCACGCUCGCUUCGACCUCGCCUCCUUUGCGUUCUACAUACGCGCCGCGCGGGGGAUCAAAGCAGGCGAACAGCUCUUUCACUCCUACUGCUCUGUCAACCUCCCCCUCACCGCACGACGCGCCGCACUCGCGCCUUACGCAUUCACAUGCGCGUGUCACGCGUGUACACACGCUUCACCUACGUCCGAUACCCUGCGCAGAGAGUUCGCCACGCGCGUGGAGGCGUAUCGCCGGAUGAGCGAUGCCUGGGUGGGCAAGAAAGCCAGUAAGAAGGUGGAUGAGGGCGUCGUUAGAGAGUUGGAGGAGUUUCGGAAAGAGCUGGUGAGUGAGGGGCUGGAUGGGACGCGGACCUAUGGGGUUAUGCUCAGCGCCAUAUUGCGGCUUUAUAUGAACUCGGGCAGGAUUGGGGAGGCGAGGGUGCUUGUUGAGGAGAUGAGACAAAGACAGAGGCUCGAAGGUUGA